CCACGAAUAUGAGAGCUCAAUGUAGCCACUAGACGACAUCACAUAUCCUACUCUUUCUCUCUCUAAUUUCUCGCUCUAAAAAUAAUGGAGUCCCGAGUACUCUCCGGCGCCAACACCAUCUCCGGCAUUCCCCGGAUUAGAAAGCCCACAAGGCUCAGUACCGCUUACUUCGCCGCCUCUAGACCCAUCAAAGCCGUCGGUGAUGGCGCGAACGUCACAUGGGGAAGGCAGCUCCGGCCAGCUACACUCAUCCAGAACUCUCCAGCGACGAAGCGCGAGAUUCUAAGACCCGUCCUCGCCGCCGCGUCGUCGCCGUCCGAGGGCAGUGCCAGUGAUUCCACCGGGGACGGUAAGGUAGCUCCGAUUGGGUUUUUAGAGAAGUACCCGGCUCUUGUCACCGGUUUUUUCUUCUUCAUGUGGUACUUUCUUAACGUCAUCUUUAACAUCAUCAACAAGAAGAUAUACAAUUACUUCCCUUACCCCUAUUUUGUAUCAGUUGUUCAUUUGUUUGUUGGGGUGGUGUAUUGUUUGGUGAGCUGGGCCGUGGGCCUUCCGAAGCGCGCUCCUAUUGACUCAAACAUUCUAAAGCUGCUCAUCCCUGUCGCUGUGUGCCACGCAUUAGGCCACGUGACCAGUAAUGUCUCAUUUGCCGCAGUUGCAGUCUCAUUUACCCACACAAUCAAAGCCCUCGAGCCUUUCUUCAAUGCUGCUGCUUCCCAAUUCAUACUUGGUCAACAAAUACCCUUGACUUUGUGGCUAUCACUAGCUCCAGUUGUCCUUGGUGUGUCAAUGGCAUCACUGACUGAGCUGUCUUUCAACUGGACGGGUUUCAUCAGUGCUAUGAUUUCCAACAUCUCCUUCACUUACAGGAGCAUAUAUUCAAAGAAAGCGAUGACUGAUAUGGAUAGCACUAAUUUGUAUGCCUACAUUUCCAUUAUAGCCCUCUUUGUCUGUAUUCCACCUGCCCUCAUUUUUGAGGGACCUCAACUUAUGAAGCAUGGAUUUAGUGAUGCAAUUUCUAAAGUGGGUCUAACAAAGUUCGUCUCAGAUCUCUUUUGGGUGGGAAUGUUCUACCACCUAUAUAAUCAGUUAGCAACCAACACCCUUGAGAGAGUGGCACCUCUUACACAUGCAGUUGGCAAUGUGUUGAAACGUGUGUUUGUGAUUGGCUUCUCAAUCAUUGUCUUCGGUAACAAGAUAUCAACACAAACAGGCAUAGGAACAAGCAUUGCAAUUGCUGGAGUGGCUAUUUACUCCUUCAUCAAGGCCAAGAUAGAAGAAGAGAAAAGACAAAUGAAAGCAGCGUGACGGGAAAACAUCGCAAGGAUGUGGAAGGCAUGCUGUAGAUUUUGUUUUCAAUGUCGGAAAUGACCAAUUGAGUAUUUCUCUAUCAUUUGUUUAAUCAUUCUUCAAUCAGUUUUAUUCGAUUUAGAGUACAAGCAAUUGCUUAUUUGCAGUCACGAAUCAACUCAUAUUUAUCGGAAUAAUGUGUCAAGUACUGGGAAAAGACUCGAAUAAUGUAUCACUCCUGUCUAUUGUGACCAACUUUUAUGAUCACAAACUCUGAACUCUGAAGGGAGUGCACAGGAUUUGUGAGGAUAAACUCUGUGAAUGGUAUAUUUAUUCUGGGACA